AUGGGGCUUCCAACUGUACUUCUGAUCGAGGCUGGGUUGGCGGAGGAGGAGGAGGAGGAGGAGGAGGAGGAGGAGGAGGAGGAGGAGGAGGAGGAGGAGGAGGAGGAGGAGGAGGAGGAGGAGGAGGAUCGGAACACAAAACCCUCACAGGCUCGGGGAAAUCGGGGCUUGUGCAGCUCGGGGAAAUCUUCUUCUGCUUCUGCUGCUGAUGGUGAUGCCGACGCUACUUCACUCAUCAGCCCCAGCUCUGCUCUCGUGGUCACCAUGCGAAACUGA